AUGGACAGCUACCUGGAUGAUCCAGGUCCAUAUAGAAGACUAAUAGGGAAGUUACUCUAUCUUACAAAUACAAGACCUGAUUUGUGGUUUUCUGUUAAUUUGCUUAGUCAGUUCAUGCAAUCACCCUUUGACUAUCAUUAUCGUGCCAUUCAGCACAUUCUUAGGUACACUAAAUCCAAGCCCUCUGAAGGGCUAUUUUUCACUGCUGACUCUCCUAUGCAAUUGAAAGCCUUAAGUGACUCUAACUGGGCCACUUGUCCCAAUACUAGAAGAUCCACAACAGGAUUCUGUAUCUUCCUAGGAUCCUCUCUCAUUUUCUGGAAAUCUAAAAAGCAGAAAACUGUUUCCAGAUCAUCCACAGAAGCUGAGUACAGAGCACUUGCAGCCACUGUAUGUGAAAUACAGUGGCUUUGCUAUCUCCUACAGGACCUCUAA